AUGGUUUUCGAUCCGCGGGUGUUGGAUCAACCGCAUGAUAUCAGUGCAUAUCGCGAUCAGCGAUUUCAGGGCACCCUUCGCGAUCAAGAGCACGCGCUGCGAACCUCAACAACGUUAUAUGUUGGAAAUUUGUCGUAUUAUACGAAAGAGGAUCAGGUUUAUGAGCUUUUCGGGCGUGCUGGCGACGUUCGCCGAGUCAUCAUGGGAUUGGAUCGAUUCAAAAAGACGCCAUGCGGAUUCUGCUUUGUCGAGUAUUAUACACGCGAGGACGCCGAAAUUGCUCUUAAUAAUAUAUCGAACACGAGAUUGGAUGAUCGUGUGAUUCGCGCCGACUGGGACGCGGGAUUUGUUGAAGGAAGGCAAUAUGGUAGAGGAAAGCAUGGAGGACAGGUCCGCGAUGAGUACCGAAAAGAUUUCGAUCCGGAUCGAGGCGGCUGGAAUCGAAUGAUCGCCAGACGAGGAGACGCUCAAUAA